AUGAAAAUAGCUUCCUGGAAUAUCAAUGGUAUUCGCCGAUUUUCCGGCGGGAAGAUAAAGAAGUUCUUGGGGGAUGUGGAUGUUGACGUUUUUUGCAUCCAGGAAGCUAAGUUACCCCGUGAAGCUAUAACCGUUGAUGUUGCUUUGAUUGACGGCUACAAUUCUUAUUUUUCAUUUUGCACUUCCGGUAAAAAAGGUUACUCUGGUGUAGCUACUUUCUGCAGGGAUACUUGCAAGCCAUACGAAGUUUAUGAUCAUUUAUCAGCUUCGGGGUCGGAAAUGCCGCUUGGAGAUACUGAUGUAGACGGUGAAGGUCGAGCGGUUAUUACAGAGUUUUAUCUAAAAAAACUCAGCGGUCGUUCUGAAACUACGGGGAUCUCUGCUGAUGCAAGUUCAAGUGACAAAAUACGGCAUAAAUUGGCGGUUAUUAAUGUCUACUGCGUGAACUACGUACCGGAGAACCCUAUGAGAUUUGAGUACAAGAUGAGGCACCAUGCUUUACUAGAAGCACGAGCCGAUUGGUAUCGAGAACGAGGGUAUCAUGUUAUUUUCGCGGGUGAUUUCAAUAUAGCACAUAAAAGAAUUGAUCACUGUGAAGCGGAUACGAUGCCAGACUUUGAUUUUCAACCGCACAGAUUGUGGCUCUCCAGAAUUCUUUCAAAAGGCUAUGUUGACUGUUUUAGAUACUUUUAUCCGGCUAAGGAAAAAGCGUACACAGUUUGGAAUCAAAAGACUGGGGCUCGUGCUACGAACUAUGGCACGCGAAUCGAUUAUUUUAUAGCAAAUAAAGAGUUAGUGGAAGACUUGGAAGUAUUUCUAGAUUGUCGACACUUGACAGACUAUUACGGUUCUGAUCACUGUCCGUUGGUUUUGGAGUUCAAAAACGAAUGGAUUCUGGAAUCGGCUGAUGACUUGUCUCCUUUAUGUACAAAGUUCUUUCUAAAGUUUUGUGGCACUCAGAAACUAAUCGAUAGCUUUUUCUCGCCUAAUUCAUCAGGAAUUUCUUCGCAAAGCAGAACGAUUAAGAAGAAAAAAACUACUGGGAAGCAGAGUUUAAUAAACAGUUUCUGUACCAAAAAGGAUGCGGACAAAGUUGAUUUUUCAAUUCUGAGUGGAACAAGUGUUAAUGAAGGACAGUCGCAACCUAGCGCAUCAACUGUGGACGAACAACUUACGGUCAAAGCAGAAAGUUUUUCAAAGUUUAUUUUGCAAUCGGGAGCUGUGACAAAUUUUGUGAAGUCUACACCAAAGUGUAUGCAUGGGGAAUCAGCGGUCGAGCGAGUUGUGAAAAAGAAGGGCCCAAACUUCAAUAGAAGGUUCUUCGUUUGUGCUAGGCCUCAAGGAUUUCCUGGUGAUAAAAAUGCUCGCUGUAACUAUUUCAAAUGGGCCUAA